AGCUAACUGCAUCUAUCGUUUAGUAGCAAGCGGUCACACCUUGUCGUACCGUUCACUUUUACCAAGUUACGUCACAAAUAACAGCUGUUUAGCCGCAACACAGCUGCCAGUCGUAGUUCUGAGUGUUGGUCGUGAAAAACAAUGAAUUUCUUGAAAAAGGCUAGCGGCUCGUUGUUGCCCAUAGCUGAGGCGCAGCUGAGCAACAAAUCCGCCAUACACACCAGCGCCGUUUGUUGUCGCGUGCAAUCUGGACGUUACCGCAUAACCACAAAGCGGGAUCGGCCACUUACCUAUGAAAUGGCAAAUCCUCCGCAUUUUAUUGGACACCGCAAAUCAUGGAACUCUUGGAACACAUCCACGCUAAAGGAUUCGCUGCGUCCGUCUCAAACAGCUAUUGAGGAUGUGUUCCUGCGAAAGUUUAUAACUGGCACAUGGCAUGCAUUGGUCUGCUCCGAGAUCAUCAUUAAGCGACAGCACAAUACCAUCCGUAUUGCCGCCAUCAUUCGUCAGGCGAUUAGUCCACGAAAAAUGUACUUCCUCAUUGGCUACACGGAGGAGUUGUUGUCAUAUUGGAUGCAAUGCCCUGUUACGCUGGAGCUCCAGACGGUGGCCGACAAGAAGGACGUUGUCUUUAAAUAUAUUUAGUACACUCUACAUCAAAAUACACUUCUUAUACUACAGCUACUUAAUCGUUUAA